AUGGCGGACGACCAAAUCUCAUUGCCAUAUCUACUGGCCAUCCUGGUCGUCUCGGGAUUGAUAAUACGAUAUCUGUUCUUUGGAGGACCGUCGCCACCUCAGCCCACACGAUCCCCUGAAGCUUUCCUCCGGUCGAGAGAGAUUGCGGUCGAGAGAAUACAGCAAAUGUUUCCGCAGGCGGAUCGACGGAGUAUUCUAUGGGAUCUCCAGCGCAACGGAGGAAACAUCCAGAGCACGACAGAGCGAAUACUAGCAGGACGACUGGACACGCCCCCCGUGACUUUCCAACCGCCGCCCCCUCCGGGCCAGUCCGCACCGAGCAGCAGCGCAGCGACGGCAUCUCGACAGCCGGAUAAGCCAGCGCAGCCGAAUCUUAUCACCCGGUAUAACCUCAAGGACAAGUUGGAUACUGCGUCGCAGGAGGAGCAGGACGUCAAGGGCAAGGGAUGGAGCUCAAACAGAGACGAGAGGCAAGCUUCGCUGCAGAGGAGGAGGGAUGAGAUGAUUCUUGCGGCGCGGAGGAAGAUGGAGGCUAAGCUCGCGGCUGAGAAGGCAGCUCAGGGGAGCUGA